CGGGGCUGCAGUGCGCAGGCGCAGGCGGGCGCGGCGGCGUGGUCCCCAUGGCGCUGCAGUAGCGUUGGUGGUGCGUGGGAGCCGGGAUGAGCGAGUCCGAGGCGGACCGCUGGGCGUGGCUGCUGGUGCUGAGCUUCGUGUUCGGGUGCAACGUGCUGCGGAUCCUCCUGCCGUCCCUGUCCUCCUUCGUGUCCAGGGUGCUGCAGAAGGAUGCAGAACAGGAGUCGCAGAUGAGGGCGGAGAUCCAGGACAUGAAGCAGGAGCUGGCCACUGUCAACAUGAUGGAUGAAUUUGCCAGAUAUGCCAGACUGGAAAGAAAGAUCAACAAAAUGACGGACAAGCUCAAAACUCACGUGAAAGCACGGACAGCUCAGUUGGCCAAGAUCAAAUGGUUUAUAAGUGUCGCCUUUUACAUACUGCAAGCAGCAUUGAUGAUCUCGCUCAUCUGGAAGUAUUACUCCGUCCCUGUGGCCGUGGUGCCCAGCAAGUGGAUCACCCCGCUAGACCGCCUGGUGGCCUUUCCUACUCGAGUGGCAGGUGGAAUUGGAAUCACCUGUUGGAUUUUAGUCUGUAACAAAGUUGUGGCUAUUGUACUCCACCCUUUCAGCUGAGCGGAGAUGUGCGGCUACAGAACUUUACCAGAAGGGUUUUGAUGACCACACAGAAGUCCACAGGCUCUUGUCUUUUGUGUUUUGGAAUAUGCUUGUUUUUGUCUGUCACCUGGGGGUCUUAUUCAAGUCAGGAUUUUCUACACUUGUUAUUGAGCCAGAAAAAGACCGGUAUGACAGUUAGUGUGUUGUUGACAUAGUUCUGGGCCCUUGUGGGCUGUGAACCGUCAAGUGGCAUUUGCAUGCUGGGGCUUGCUCUGAGCGUGGCUUGGUUUUUUUGCCAGCUGCACGGACUUUCCUAACAACUCCAAUAGUGUUAUUUUCUGUGUGUGUUUUUCUUUUUUUUUUGCACCACAAACAAAAACACUUUAGUGUUCUAGAAAAUAUUGAAAUGAUGUCCACAUCAGUAGUUUCUGCAGACAUGACCUAUGAUCCUGGGUGAGAUCAGUCCGUGGGCAAAGGUGCUGUUGCUGAGGUCCCUCCCCAGGGCACCUGCGGGUUCUGCUCUGCCCUCACAUGAUGCCACCACAUCUGGGUCCCGACACACAACACACAUCGUGCAAGGGAGAACCAAGUCCACAACUGUCAUCUCUGUGGGUGAGCGCGCACACACACACACACACACAUACUAAGUAUAGCUUUUCAGAAACACGAACAGUCUUCAGUCCUAUGUAUUUGGGAUCCCUUUGAAAUAGACCAUCCAUUUAGAAAAGACUUACAUUCAGGAUUUGGGAUGGUGUCAGGAUUGUGUACUGUCCCAUACCUUCGACUGCUCUGUUUCUGUACACGUUGGCUACACAGAGUUAUGACUUCAUGUCAGUUUGAAGAAAUUCCUCAUUUCUCACAGCAGGGUUUAUGAGAAAUGAUAAACUUAGACUGUUUCUGUGUUAUGUGCAUUCAGCCUUGUAUGAUAUUGGCAGUUGGCAAAUUGUUUGGUGUGUGCUACGCUCCGUGGACACGUCCUAUCUGAACGUCUUCCCGGGUGCAUCUUAUGCAGUGCUCUCAAACUGAAUCCCACAUCACCCCAGACCUUCUCUGGAGUGAUACAUAGUAAUCUUUUUGGAAAUUUGUCUAGUCCUCAGAGUUCUGCAUUUUGAGUUUUUUUUGAGCAAGAUCUAGGUAAACAUUUUCUAACUACACCUUACAAAUAUCUCAAAAGAAUUAAAGUUCAUGGCAGUUGCUCAGAUAUUACAUCUAAGUCCUGUUUUUCUGAUAUAAAAUAAUAUGGGAAAUUUUAAAUUAAUUUUCUUAUAUUUAUUUAUUAUUUUUAUUACAUUGUGUGUCCCACAGUGUGUGUUUGGGAGUCAGAGUACAACUUUCAGGAGCUAGUUAUUUUAGUUAAUUUUAAAGACUUUUUCAGAUUGUUCAGUGAAUCAAUAAAUUAUUAUGAAAAAAUUUCUUAAAUUCUUAAUGACUGGAACUAUUGCUGGACCUCACAGCUAAAGUACAUACACUUUGAGAUCACAUAAGACUUCAAGGCUGCGUUGUACUCAGCUUGUUUAACCGGGUUUGAUACAGCAGCAGAACCACAGCUUUAACUGUGCUGAAUUCCCUAUGUGAUCGGCUCUCACAAGCUAAGUUAGUGCACAGUUGUAAUCUACACUGUCUGUCUGUGCACCUGGUGCUCUGUUAAUACAUUUUCCAAGUGGCAAGGAAAAUAUUUAACUGCCAACUUUAA